UGGGGGGAGGUGGGGGUUAGGCAGCAAGAGGGAGAGAGAGAGAGAAAGAGAGAAGUACAGAAGGAUUGAGAGUAGUGCAAGGGCUAUGGUAAUUGUCAAACGAUGGGUGCUCAACAGACCAAGGACAGAGUUUUGCCAGCCGGCUCGACAGUGAGACAGGCCCGAAAGCAGCCGAGAAAUCCCAAGGAAUCGCGGCUCAUCGGAUCAAAUAUUUUCACGGAGCACAGCGAAGCACUUUUGCAAAGUAGGCCUCUACCACAUAUUCCUGCCUUGCCCGAGGGUGAUCCACCGAGUGGCUCAAGUGUCCAGUCACUGUCACAGCAGUCUAAUUUUUCUCAACACUCGAGUGUCACUGGUGGCAGUCUACUCGAGGCUGCUAACAGAUGGACAAGCAAGGAGAAUCUUUUAGCACAGGAGGAAGAUGAUCCACAAUUGUUUGUUGCACUUUAUGACUUUCAGGCUGGUGGGGAGAAUCAACUUAGCUUAAAAAAAGGCGAACAAGUUCGGAUAUUAAGUUACAAUAAGAGCGGUGAAUGGUGUGAAGCCCACUCCAGCACCGGCCAAGUCGGAUGGGUGCCAUCAAACUAUGUAACGCCGGUUAAUUCUUUAGAAAAACAUUCCUGGUAUCAUGGAAGGAUAGCAAGAAAUGCCGCUGAAUAUUUAUUGAGCUCCGGUAUCAAUGGUAGUUUUCUCGUACGCGAGUCUGAGAGUAGUCCUGGACAACGAAGUAUUUCAUUAAGAUACGAGGGUAGAGUAUACCACUACAGAAUAAAUGAGGACAGCGAUGGAAAGAUGUUUGUCACAACUGAGAGUAAAUUUAAUACACUCGCUGAACUCGUUCAUCAUCAUUCAAUGCUGGCGGAUGGAUUAAUAACGCAACUGCUUUAUCCAGCACCGAAACACAAUAAGCCAACGGUAUUUCCCCUAAGUCCGGAGCCUGAUGAGUGGGAGAUCAAUCGUACUGACAUUGUCAUGAGACACAAAUUGGGGGGUGGACAGUAUGGCGACGUUUAUGAAGCUGUUUGGAAGAGAUACAAUAUGACUGUUGCUGUCAAAACAUUGAAGGAGGACACAAUGGCGUUGAAAGAUUUUCUUGAAGAAGCUGCUAUUAUGAAAGAAAUGAAGCACAGAAAUUUGGUGCAAUUGCUCGGUGUCUGCACGCGUGAACCACCUUUCUACAUAAUAACUGAGUUUAUGAGUAAAGGAAAUCUUCUUGAUUAUUUACGCAACGAGAGUAAACAUCAGAUCAAUGCUGUGGUUUUAAUGCACAUGGCGACACAAAUUGCGAGUGGAAUGAGCUACCUCGAGAGUAGGAAUUUUAUUCACAGAGAUUUAGCAGCAAGGAAUUGUCUAGUUGGUGAAAAUCACCUGGUAAAAGUUGCUGAUUUUGGAUUAGCAAGACUCAUGAGAGAUGAUACGUACACAGCACAUGCCGGUGCCAAAUUUCCUAUCAAAUGGACAGCACCUGAGGGCCUGGCGUACAAUAAAUUUUCAACAAAGUCUGAUGUUUGGGCCUUUGGAAUUCUACUUUGGGAAAUAGCAACGUAUGGAAUGUCACCUUAUCCUGGGGUCGAUCUGACUGAUGUGUAUCAUAUGCUGGAGAAGGGCUACAGGAUGGAGUGCCCACCUGGCUGUCCCCCCAAGGUUUACGAACUCAUGCGCCAGUGUUGGCAAUGGAGUGCUGUUGAGAGACCUACCUUUAAGGAGAUUCAUCAUUCUCUGGAGAAUAUGUUUCAAGACUCCAGUAUCAGUGAGGAAGUAGAGAAGCAACUGCAGGGCGGUGGUGAUACACCAACUUUGUCCUAUAAGAAGUCUCAGACUGGAAGUACUGGGAACAUUCAUGGCCUUGUCCUCGUAUCCGAUCAACUGUCUACCUCAGGUUUAACGCAAGGUCAAAAUUACGGUGCGAGUAGUGUCACCAAACUGAGUACCUUCAUGAGUGGUCAUUCAAAUAAAGGUAACAGCAGUAUUGUCCAGAUGCGUCGAUCUACGAAUAAAAAAGGCAAGCAAGCACCUGCACCUCCCAAGAGAACGAGUUUAUUGUCAUCCUGCAGUUCAUUCCGUGACUCAGCUUACCAGGAGCAAGAUCAGCAAAAUGUUGACGUAGGCGCUGUUACAUUAGACGAUGGGACCGAUCUAAAUGGUAUUGAUAACGUUUUUGAAGGUAUCACGCGAGAUCUCGUGACAAUGGCGUCAGUGCCGACGGGAGGCUGCGAGAUGGAUGAGGACGGUGACGGGUCCCAGGGUACUGCUGAGCCUAAUUUACCACCACUACAGCGAUCUGCAUCACCAGAGAUCAACAUACAGUGCAAUCAGAAACAAAUUAAAACACGACAGUAUCCAUCUAAGGAAGUACUACCACAGAAGCUGGUGCACGUGGGUGCCCUGGAAGUGCAAAAUGUUAAGCGUGCAAUAAAUCGUUAUGGCACGCUGCCCAAGGGUGCAAGAAUCGGCGCUUAUCUGGAAUCAUUGCGUCAGAGUGGAAUGCCGUCUGGUGGUGAGGCACCUGCCAUAAUUGACCAGCAGCACCAACCACAGCCACCUCACCCACCGCAUCACGAUCCAGCCGCAGAAUUAUCCCAGCAUCGUUCGCUCUCACCGCGUCAGAAUAAUCUCAGAAAUCAGCCCCAAAUGACUAGGAGCAAUUCAUCAAGUGGAGUUGUCAAUACUUAUCAGCCCCCCAAUUCCCCACGAAGCCGUGGUAUGUCAGGUAGAAAGCACAAUCCCGAGAGCAUUGGUCUGCGAACAUUUCGCUCGCCAAAUACAUCGACAUUCAGAACAGCCAGUCCCUCAAGAUCAAUUCAACCAACUCUGGCGGAUCUCGAGUUUCCACCGCCUCCUCUUGACCUCCCACCGCCCCCCAACGAGGAGCACUACGACUCAACGUCAAUUAACGAAGCCACACAUCCACCGAGACCCUCGGGCUCUCCAGUAUGUAUGAGAAAAUCGAAGAUUGAACGAAGGUCGCGCGAAGAUCCAGAUGAAGAUGACAAGAAUAACGACGUGAGAACGGCGGAGCCAUCGGUAAAGGAGGCAUCCUCACGUUUUGGUGUGAAUUUGAGGCGUCGUGAGGUGCCAACUGAAACUGGGGGCCCUGCCAAGUCUAGUGAUGAGAAAAAAGUGCCAUUCAGACCGGGCAAGGAUGCAAGCUCUGCCAAAAAUGAAACUGUCUGUAUUCUCUCACCCCCUCUUGAAGCACCACCGCCCCCUCCGCCUCCACCACCUCCAAUGAACAAUGAGCCUGGUAACGAUACAUUCAACUCGAAGCCUGGAAUGAAAGAAAUGCUGGAGCUCAAGCUAAUCAACGAAAUUCGCCAAAAUGCUGACUCGAAAAACGUAGGUUCAUCAAAGAAAUCCAGUGUAUCCAAUAAUGUUUCGUCUCUUCCUCUGGACCCUGCAUCACAAUUAUUGUCGGAACUGUGUGCUAGCUUCAGUAUGGAGCACGGUAUGAAGCCAGCUAUUCAGAAUGAGUACGCAAUGUCCAAUGUGAAGGGAAUGGAACCCACCCCUGAUCAGCACUUAGAGAAGCCGACAAUCAUCAAGGAGCUCCCCUCUCCAAUGACUGAAAAUGUCCUCAACUCUGGGAAUGUAGGUUUUAAACUGAAAAAAGUUGACAAACGAAGCAAUCCUCGAGAGGAGAACACUGACGGUCAGAUAAUAGAUUUCAAAGCGAGAUUGAGAAAAGUUGAUAACAUUGAGAAGUCUCAGCAGGAUGAGAAGAACAGGCGCUCGGAGGAUCCUAGCACGGACGCCUCAGAGCCUGACGAUGGGGACGAUAAACGUAGGAGUACAGGGAGUAUAAGUAGUUUGAAGAGACUCUGGGAGAACAAGGAGGCUUCCUCUGAUAAUCAGCCACUGAGUCCUAAACUGGGGGUGAGAGGAAUCAAUAAACAGGACAUGCUGGAUCCUGGGGAGGAGAGUCCGGAGGAUCACAGUGGGGCUUCGACGAGAAGUUCAGCGACCAGUAAGAGCGAUGGUCGUAGCUGGCAUCCGGCUAGCACUUCUGGGGACUCAGAGAAGCCAGUGGUGCCUGCGAAACCAUCGAAGGGUAUCGGUUCCUCUGGCAAAUACUUUGGAUCUUCGAUUUACGCGACUCCUAAUUGCGAUAAAUCUUCGCAUGAUGAGGAUGCUAGUAAGGACGGAAAGGCAGCGAAACACGAUGUCCUGGAAUUGGCGAAUGCCAUUGAGACAAGCAUCACUAAUUUGAAGAGUACUCCUGGCAUUGUUAUGGCCAGCUGGUUACAGUUGUCGGAUAAAGUAGGACUUCUUCAUGGGCUUCUUCAAGGAAUAACAUCAGUCGAGAGUGGAACUGUCCCACCUCAUGCCAGAUUUCAAUUUCGGGAUUUAAUGUCGCGUCUGGAGCUACAAGCGAGACAACUGAGAGCCGCUGGCACGAGAAAUAUCACAGAGAAUACAAGACUACUUAGUGACGUACAGAAUACGAUUAAAGACGUGACGAAUAUGGUACAGAGAUAAAUGCAAUUUCUAAUCAAAAUUGGGAUUCAGGCAAGUGGCUUUGUUUUAUUUUUCCAUUUCGUUGGAUUUAUCGUUUUUCUGAUUUUUCUCAACUUCUGUGGGACGGUAUCUUUAAAUGAAGAUAUAGUAUAUAUAUAAAUAUAUAAAUAAACCAUAUAUCUAAGUCAUUAGAAAAAACAAAAAACAACAAGCGACCGAAGGAACAGUAUUUCUCUUUCGAGCGAAGCCAGGAGUUUUUAAUGAAUAAUUAAGGAGAAACAGAUAAUUUUUAGAAAUGCUAAUCGGUGAAUCGAUGCUAUUAUAUCCUGAUACUAUACUUACGAAAUGGUACGAUAUUUACAAUUUAUAUUUGCAGAAAACAAACUAAAAUUACCUUUUUGAGGGUUUUUUCUAUGUCUACUGAGUACAGAAAGAAAAAUAUUGUAGUCUUGGAUUCAAGUUUUCUGAUCAGAAAAUUGAUAUGGCAAAUCAAAGUCGUGGGAUAUUUUUUCAUUCUUUCGUCAUUUUUGUCGACUUUGUCACUGGCGUGUGGAACUGAACUAAAACUUUAUGCUAAAAAAAACUACAAAAAAAACCAUUUCUUAAUCCUAUUGUCGCAUCACUCAUUUUUAGACGUGUAAUUUUAUAAAACGUCACGAGGAUAAACGCUUAGUAUAUGGUAAUCGCGUUUAGCGCAUUUUAAUUAUAUAAAUAUGAAAUUAAGUGAACAAAAAAAAUUUUUGAAAAAAUAAAACGAGAUAGUUUCGUUAUGUAUCGAGGGACAAUAUAAACGAUUUUGUAUUUGUAAAAAAAAACAAAAAAAAAAUUUUGAGUCGACGACGACUGAUAUAAUUAAUUGUGCGCCUACAUUGAAAUAAUCUUUGUGGUGGUGAUAAAUUUGCCAAUCCCUUUGGGCUGGAGAUGAGAAUCAUGUAAUUAUAAUCAAAGUCCUUGAGUGUCGUGCGCUUCGUUUAUACACUGUGGGAAUGCAGUCACAAAUAUUGUUCUUCCAGAGCGUAGACCCGAAAAAAUAUAAAUCGCUUUUCACUAAAUAUUUCUUUGGGAUUACGCUUUAACAACAACAACAAUGAGUAGACGUACAUUUGUAGUAACGGAUGAAUGGAUUGCAUGUCUGUAUUCAAGACACUGCCUAUACUCCACCUCCACGUAGCAAGCAUCUCUUCAUCAAAUUAAUAUUGCCAUUUGCUUAAGAGAGAGGCAAUUUUUCGGGCCUCAUCCGUCUAUCCCAUCAAUUUUUCUAGUUUUUUCUUUUACCCUGUGAUAAUCGUGGGAAAAAAUCGUACGAAAAUAUUGCUAUUGAUUUCUCAAUGUCUUUUAGUUUAUCAUCUCUGAACGAUUGUGCUCAAUCUACUCCAAAAGGUCUUUUUUAGUCACUGAAGAACAACUUUAAAUACUGGAAUGAAUGAUGAAUUAUAGAUACGAAUUAUCAUGUUUUAUAUAAUAAUGUGUAUUAUAGUAAUUGUAAUAUUAUUUAUAUGCGUAUUUAUUUUAUAAUUUUCAAUUGUCAUUGAUAUUUUAAUUUUUUUCUCUUCGUAAAAACGAAAAAAUACGUAUACAGGAAAAAUAAAAUGAAUUAAGAAUGUGGAAAUUAAUUGACCAACGUACUGAUUCGCUCAUACAAAAUUUAUUGCUUUAUACAUUGAUAUAGGAUUGAGAAUAAAAAGUAUAUGUCAAAAGA